AUGGAGUUCCCCGUGUUUGUGGCCUCCGACGUUCACGGCGAGAAGGUGAACCUCGCGCUGCGCUACACUCCACGCACAACAACGCUGGGCCGUUUUCUGAGCGCCGCGUCGCGCUGUUUUGAUGACGUCGCGCAUCUACUGUGUCAAGGCUCUCUUCAGCCAUUUUCUGCUGCCUACAUCUACAGAGAUGUUGAGUGUCAGUGGGACGUGCUGGAGGAUUGCACCCAGCUAUCACCCUUCUGCCAGGUCUAUGUUUUCCGCCAGCUGUUCAACGAGCGAGUCGCGGCGAUUCCCGACCCUCUUGACCCGUCGCAGCUACUCUCGGUGCACAACAGAAAAGCUGACCGUGUGACUUGUUGUACAGGUGCAUCGUUCUUACCAAGCUCGACACCGCUCAGCGCAUCAACAUCGACCUCGCCGAUCCGUCUCGCCGCCAACCGCUGGGGACUUUUGCAAAGCGGUCAGCAUCCUGAGACGUCGUGGGCUCGCUUCGGGGUGCCGUCGCUGCUGUUCAGGAACAGCAUUCCACUGGUACAUGCGACAGGCUCGACAAGAUCCGACAGGGCAACUCAUAUCGGUGAUGAGGCAGAAGGUCUCCAUCAGUUGCGGUCCGCGGACAGAGCCGUGUCACUCCGCUCUGUGAAGUCCCACCGCUUUCGUCUGCAGAUCUUUUCCCCUCCAGCGGAGACUCAGCUGCACUGUCAAGACACGACGCGCAGCGCGGCAAGCACAUCUGUUCAUUCAGCAGCUCUUGCCGCAUUAGGGCCACAGACUGCGUAUCUGAAGCCGAAGAGAAAUCACUUGAGCGACUCGUACAACGCACCCCCCGCACCAUCCUCCUCCCCCGCGGAAGAGGUGGCUAUUCCAAGGAACUGGUAUAGCUCUUCUAGGCACUCUUUUCCCAAUACAUCACCGCGGGCGCGCGCGUCAGGUCAGUCGUCUUCUCAACCCUUGUCUGUCGCAGCAUACAGCGGAGGCACAGUGGUGCCCUUCUCACCACGCGAAGGUCGAUCAAGGGCGCUGUCGCAGACUGACAAGCACCACCGCGAGAUGCUCGCGCACAGAGAACCAUGCAGCGGGCGCGGCGACAGUAUCCUGCGUGAGGAGCGGGCGCGCGUAGCGGCCCAAAUGUUUUUGGGGAUAGAUGACCUGCGCUCAUGUCUGCGAGAGGAGACUCAGCAACUGAAACGGGCACUGAGUGACUCGCUGCCCAGUCGCGUUUUGCCGCUGAACAGAGCUGAUGACGGUAGAAUAUAA